GGAAAAGUAUAGAAACACGAGUACUUUCAUUAUCCGUACUUUUAAGCUCUACUUUGACAUUAAUCACACUCGAAUGCAAUAGUUUGUACAGCAACAUCGCGUGCACAAGGAGAGCGGUGAAUUCGUUUUUGCAACUGCAUAUCAUCCAAUGUGUCAAAAAUUAAGAACUUUAUCGAAACCGUUUAAUCAGAAUUAACUUGACUAAUACAAGCGAGUGAUCAAAAGAUACGCAUUUCAAGGUUUGUGCACUUUACUGUUAAGAAAAGACCGGCUCUCUUCACUGAUCAAUUAAAGGGGAGAUAAUGGGGCAUCCUCCGCUCGAGUUCAGCGACUGCUACUCCGACAGUCCUGAUUUCAGAGAGAGACUAAAAUGCUACGAAAACGAGCUGGAAAGAACUAGCAGGUUCCUCAAGGAUGUGAUCAAGGACGGGAACAGUGUGAUCAGCACUAUUAAAGAUUACUCGCUUGCUGUGCAGAAGUUCUCUCAUACCCUUCAGUCAUUCCAGUUUGAUUUCAUCGGUGACACUCUGACCGAUGAUGAGAUGAACAUUGCUGAGUCAUUUCGAGAGUUUGCUGGUCUUCUGCAGGACGUGGAAGAGGGCCGGAUGAUGGUGGUCCAGAAUGCCUGUGACUUGCUCAUUAAACCUUUGGAAAAGUUUAGAAAAGAACAGAUUGGAGUCACAAAGGAGAGACGAAAAAAGUUUGAGAAGGAGAGUGAGAAGUAUUACUCUCAGUUGGACAAACAUGUGAACCUGUCAUCAAAGAAAAAGGAGACACAGCUACAGGAGUCCGAUGAACUGUUGGGUAAGGAGCGUCAGGCAUUUUACGAGUCGUCUGUUGAGUAUGUGUUCCAGAUCCAACAAGUUCAAGACAGGAAGUUUGAUGUUGUGGAGCCUGUUUUGGCGUUUCUGCAGAGCAUCUUAACUCUGAAUAAUCUGACAGUGGAGAUGACGCAGGACUUUCUUCCUUACAAGCAGGAGCUUCAGCUCAGCCUACAGAAUACCCGUAACCACUUUGAGAGCACCAGAGAGGAGAUGGAAGAGCUAAUGAAGCGGAUGAAACAGCCGGCACAGAUCUGUAUUAGACAAGGCCAGCAGCCAACCAUGGAGGGAUACCUCUACGUACAGGAGAAAUGGGCUCUGGGUGUUACCUGGGUGAAGUAUUAUUGUAAAUACUUCAAGGACAGCAAGUUAUUCAUUAUGUUGCCAAUGGAACAAAAAACAGGGACCAAACAGACCACAGCUCAUCUCACACUGAAGUCCUGCAUUCGCCGUAAAACUGAAUCCAUUGAUAAACGCUUUUGUUUUGACAUUGAGACAAACGAAAGGUGCAGCCCUGUGCUGCUCCAGGCUAUUUCUGAGGCAAACAGGAAGCAGUGGAUCGAGGCCAUGGAUGGGAAAGAACCAAUUUAUCAUUCUCCAAUACAAAAGCAGGCAGAGAUGGAGCUGAAUGGCCUGGGCUUCAAAUUUGUCAGAAAAUGCAUCAACUUUGUGGAAACGAAAGGGCUGACUCAGGAAGGAGUUUACAGGACGGUCGGCAGCAACAUUCAAGUACAAAAAUUUCUGAAUGCAUUUUUUGACCCGAAGUGUCCAGGUGAUGCAGAUUUCAGUUCUAAUGAUUUGGACAUUAAGACCAUUACUAGUGCCUUGAAAUUCUAUCUACGGAGUCUAAGUGAACCGCUUAUGACCUACAGUCUGCACGGGGAACUGAUCUUAGCAGCAAAGUCUGAGAAUCUGGAUUAUCGAUUAGGGGCGGUUCACUCUCUUGUUUACAAACUUCCAGAGCGGAAUAGAGAGAUGUUGGAACUGCUAAUUAAACACCUAGUCAGUGUAUGCAGCCAAAGCAGUGAAAAUCGGAUGACUGUGUCAAAUAUGGGUGUAAUAUUUGGCCCCACUCUCAUGAGAGCAGAAGAGGAGACGGUGGCAGCCAUGUUGGAUAUAAAGUUUCAGAAUAUCAUCAUGGAGAUCCUCAUUGAGGGUUAUAACAAGAUCUUCAAGGGUCCUCCAGAAGAAACCACACUGCCUCCUAUCCCGCCUCCAAGGGUGGCGCCACGGAAACGGCAGCCAAUUACAAUCUCAAAACGCCCACCCCGUCUUUACCCUGCCCUUCAGCCUCCAUCUUGUGAGAGGCUAGAGCAAAAUGGUACCACCCACAACGGAGGGGAACCCGAGGGUAAUACCAGCCUCACCAGUCCGGUUCCACACCAAAGAACGAAACUGGCACCUCCUUCCUUCUGUCCUCCAUCAGUCCCUCUCUCCUCGCCAACAUCUCGGAGGCCAGAUCUUCCCAAAGCUCUCCGCCCCUUGGAUUGUGAUGAUGAUGCCAAGCUAGAAAUUAGGAUACAGGAUAAUCAGAGGUCGAAUGCCAUGGUGACAACCAAUGGGGAAUUAGGAGCUUCAGUGAACCGAGCUCAGUCUUUCCAGGGAAGGACACCGCAGCCCAAAGGGAUUACCGGAGAGGGUCAGGGGCUGAAAGGACGAUCUUUCUCAGACAAGAGUUCUAUCUGCCGGCCACCCACUAGACCACCAGACCCGCCAUCCCGCUGCCCUGCUAAAACUGAAGACACACCAGCAUCAUAUGUCGCCUCCAAAACCCAAUUUUUUGAAAAUGCUUCUAGACAGAUGGGGAGCUUCUGUCAGAUUUCUUCUUCUAACACCUCACAUGCAGCUUCUAAAGAUGAGAACACUAAAUAAGAAAUCACCACUACGACUGACUUGUGGACCACACACAACAGAGGUCAAGAGACUGUGUUGCUCAGGCCUGAGUCUGGAUCUGGUUUUGGGAGAUACAUUAUAAAUGUUACUGACAGAGAGCCAUGGCACCACCCCUAAACCCAAGUUUUGUUUUUGUGAACGAAUCAAAAAGGGUACUGUUUUGUGUGUGCAUGAUGCACUUCCCUGUCACAAUUUUAAUCACUUGAUCAUUUUGUGGUAAAACAAAUUCUUUGAUUCUUACUCGGAUCAAAGAACAAAACGAAAAGACUUUAAUCUUUUUUUUUUCUCAAACACUUUGACCUUCAUGUGAACAAUAGGGAUAACUCCCCCUUUCCCUCCCUCAUUGUGUCUCUCAAUAUCUCCCCUUUUCUCUGACCUACAUACAGUAAGUCACUGAUCGAGACUAACAGCUUACUGUCUCACUCCUGCACAUACGUCAUAACUACAGACUUGGCUUUAAGAGAGACUGAAGGUGGAAUACACCCUGAAUUUAUUAUAUAAAACGGAGAAUCGACACUAAUCAGCAUUUACGCAGAAGCAGAAUAUAGUUCUAUUAAUUAUGUUAUUAUCUCAGUAAUUAGUAACUGGAAGGAGAUGAAUGGACCUGGGUGCUGGUUCUCGAUGUUUUUGACAAGCAAAGUAGUUACGGUAAUUGCAGUGUCUCUCCUUUCAUCUGGUGGGCCACACCUGUGGUUUUCCUACAGCAAACCAAAAGGGACUGAGGAAAUUUUCACAGGGCAAAGUUUGCUUGUCUCUCCCUGUCUCCUGCUUUUUAAGAUGAUCAGUUUACCUUAAUAAUAAAGAGAACUUUCCUUACUUUCCCUUUUUAUUAUUAAAUGGACCUGUCCCAAUCUUCAAUCGAAACGUGUGUUUGAUCUCAAAAUACUGUGAGCCUUAACCAGAUUUUUCUUUUGUGACUAAAAAUGUGAAAGCUUAAGACUUGAUAAGUCUCAUGUUCACACAGUCAGAAAUAAAAAGAAAACGAAUAUUGAAAUGUUUAGCAGAAUUUCAGAUAAGGAUGACAUUUUUAGAGAGCUUUGUGCAGGUUUGGCAGUAACCCAAUUUCACAUUUGAAGCAGAUCGGGGAACAUUUCUAUGUAAUAUCAUUGCCAUAAAGCUUCAGCUCAUUUCCAGUUUGUGUAUUUUGUUUUGUCAAUUAAUUUUUUUAAAAAAUAUUUUAUUGUUUCUUCAACUGUUUGUCAAGUUGUUGAUGCCUAACUCUUCAAAACAGGAAACUGUGUGUUUUCGUUUGAAUGUGCUGCAAGAAAAUGCAGCUGUGUUUGUUUGUCUUUUUCGGUGUAAGUGCACAGUUUACAAACACAGUAUAAAAAAAAUCUAUAGAUUGAACUAGCCUCGGGAUUCUAAUUAAUAAAUGAUCGGCAGAAAAAAAGACGACUGGAAUCAACUUAAAUUAAAACAGCUGUGCAUCAAAACCCAACAGAGCACAAAUUCAUGGUGUAGAAAAACAAUGCUUAAGUUAGACUGGCCCAAUGUUUUCUACAGAAACUUUUCUCAAGCCCAGUUGAAACUUUUUGUACCAUAUUGUUUAGGCCCACACGAUACAGGGUGUCACAUAAAAGUUACAAAGGCUACAAAGGUUUUUUUUUUUCAAUAUUUAUUUUAUUUAUUUAACUGGAAGAAGUAAAACUUAAACAAACCUGAUUUACACAAGCUCUACACAACACGAAUCAGAGCAUGAAAGUGUCCGAUAAGCAAUCUUCAGUUAGAUUAGAAAUCAGUUUGCAAACUGUUUGAAAUAAAUGGUCAGUUAACAACUGUAAAUACAACACUACAUAGCAGUACUAAACAUUCUGCAAAAAAGCAAGCAUGCACACACUGACACACACCCACUCAUACAUACACACAACUGCUGUAAAAAAAAGACUAUAAAGUUACAAAGGUUUAAGUAACAAACAUCAUUUAAGAAGCUAGAAUUUUAUCUUUCCAGAAUAUGAAAAGGCAAAAAAUAUCCCAUAACACCAAGAAAAAACAGGAAUUAUUCACACCGGAGAAAAGAGCUGUAAAAAAGCAUUCGCUAAUGAUUAGUUGUGUAAUUGCUUAUAUCACCCAGCAAAAAGAUUUAAAAUGGAAACAAGUAGUUGCUACAUAUAUGGGAGUUUUAUGUGGUUUACAAAGCUUGAAUAGGAUAUAAAUAGUUACUGCUCUGCCUGCAACAAUGUUCACAUGGAUUCGAUUGGACUUUUCAUUUGUAAAACUCAUUUAGUGUCUGUAAACCAGUGUGGUGCUCACAUUUAUGUAAAACCCUGUUUUAAUGAAGUCGAAUUAAUGCACACCUUGUUGAUUUUCUGUCCAGAUCACAGAAAAAAAUACAUCAGGGCAAAAUUGUUUGGUACAUUUAUUUUCCCUUGUGUACUGAAUGACCCAUUUAUAACUGCAGGAAGCAUCCUGGUGACAUGCAGACCAUUAUUAAGACUAAGUUCUCCUGUUCUAUUGUACAUUGUUUAUAUGAGAGCAGAAAUGUUGGUAGGAUCCAAGCAAACGUUUUGUUAUCCAACACAGGCCAAAUACGAUACAAAACAUCACAUUGAGAAUGCAGAAAUGUCCUUAUUGA